GUUAGCACUAGCGUUAAUCUACUAGCUAGAGUCAAGUGAAUGCCUUGUAAAUAUAGCGUUAAAUAAAAGUGUUGCUGACAUUAUGAAGGAGACUGUGACGGUGUCAUAAAGGUGUUUUUAAUUUUGACCACGUGUUUCGCGGUAACGUUAUGGCAGGAAGAAAAAGAAAGAUGGUAGCAGCAGCGUCUGAACAAACUGUAAAUAAACACAAAAGCAGGACUGAUUUGAAACUGAAUGCUGAGACGGAGCGAAGCCAUUAUUUCACCAAGAAUAGUCAGCAACAUAGACUGGGAGAAGAGUUUUUCAACCAAUCCUGCCUCAGUUUGUCUAAAGCAUUCCUAGGCAAGGUGUUGGUCCGCAGGUGUGCAGAUGGCACGGAGCUGCGAGGGAGAAUAGUGGAAACUGAAGCGUACCUUGGUGGGGAGGACAAGGCCUCACACUCAGCAGGGGGAAAACGCACUGAGAGGAACACAGCCAUGUUCAUGAAGCCUGGCACAAUCUAUGUGUAUCCCAUCUAUGGCAUCUACCUCUGUAUGAACGUGUCUAGUGAAGGGGAGGGUGCUGCCGUGCUGCUGCGCUCCCUUGAGCCCCUGCAGGGUCAGCCUGUCAUGAGGCAGCUGAGGGCAGCUAGACGCAAGGAGGGAGCCCGACAACUGAAGGACAAAGAGCUCUGCAAUGGGCCUUCGAAGCUGUGCCAGGCUCUAGAUAUACCCCGCUGUUUUGACCGUCGAGACCUAGCUUCAGACCCAGAGGUGUGGCUAGAGAGAGACCACAAGACAAAUCCGGCAGAACCCCACAAUAUUGUAUCAGCACCGCGCAUUGGAAUAGAGUCUCAUGGGGAAUGGGCCAAGAAGCCAUGGCGGUUUUAUCUUCGUGGGCACCCCUGUGUUAGUGUGGUGAAUAAAGAGGCAGAAAGACAGACUCUGUCUGGAAAUGUAAUGAACGAUUUAGGUCCCUCAGAUGUGCAGUCCGACACAGGACAGCACAAUGUCAAAAGGACUUAACAGGAAUAUUCCUGCAACUAAUCUGCCAUCUGUUCCCUUUGUGGACUUCACUGUUUAGGCAGUAUAAAACUUUUCUGUUUGCUUUGCAAAGUUUACACUAAUUCUUAUGGAUAUGAAAUUAAUAUUUUUUAAGUAAUUCCAUUAAUAAUGUUGUUCUUGGAAAGUCAAGAUGGUAGAAUAACCUCUGUGAUUGGCUGAAAGUCUAAAUUCUAAUCAGCAUAAAUUAUACAUGUUUCUCAUCCAUUUGUAAGCUGCUACUUAUGUUGACAGUGUGUUUAGGAUACUGAUGCAAAGUUGUACUGGAAAGUAAUGGAACUUAAGUCAGUUAGAGUAAGACUCAAUUUUCAGUGCUUAUCAAAAAAUCAGUUCUGAAAUCUACCAUUACUCACUUAUGAGUUGUUUUUUUUGUUUAGGUCUUCUAUCUGUGUUUUUUUAAUAAACAUUCAUACUUGAAAAA